UUUUUCAUUCGAAAAGCUUAAUUAUUACUUUCAUUCAUGUUCCAAAAUUGAUGAAAAAAAGGAGAAAUCUUGGUUUAGCAGCCAUGGUUUUCCAAUUAACAAAAACGUGGAAGCUGACAGCAGCACUGACGACUGGCCAUGGUUCCACUCUUUGCAGUAAUUUGAACUCCAUUUUUCCCUUCUUUUCCACUACACAAAAUAGAUGGCAGAAUUUGGCUAAUUUGUCUUUUGAUCCCUCUUCUUCUUCUUCUUCUUCAUCUUCUUCAUCUUCUUCAAGCUCUUAUUCGUCUAAUUCUCCUUUGGCUGCUUACUCAAACAACAAAAAGUAGUACCAAAUGCAAGAACAAUGAGACAUGCGCACAGAGAUGACGAAUUUGACAAAGAACUCGCACCCAAGAUUUUGGAGCUUGAAGAAAAUCACUCUUUUCUGCAUAAACUUGUGUUUUACAUCCAGAAGAUCAGGAGUGUUCUCUUGCUCAAUUCAUCACCAUUGUUUAUGUAUGUUCCAGCUCUCUCUUAUGCUCCGGUUGCUAGAAUUGUGCAAUCCCUUUAAUGGCAUGAAGUUAAAUUGUUCAUUUGUUUGUAAGAGUUAUACAUGGUGUCCAAAUAUUGCAGCAAGUGAUCUUCCAGUUUAUAAAGCAGUUGAAUCCAUAAUGGACCCUGCACCCUUCUCGGCGGUCCGGUUCGUGAUGUCGGCCAUCCCGUUCGUUCUUCGAGCCCGAGACGACGUUAAGAUGGUGAAGACGGGGAUCGAGUUGGGACUUUGGUCAGUUUGGGUUUCUUUGUUGAGGCAAUUGGUCUACUUACAGCUGAUGCUGGCCGUGCUUUUUAUUUCUCUGUUUACGGUUAUGGUGGUACCGAUGCUCGAUAGCAUGUUGGGAGCUAUAAUACCUGCUCGUACUUGGUUCGGUAUUCUCAUGUCUGCACUCGGUGUCGCUAUGCCCGAAUCAGCGGUUCUCCGCAGAACAUUAGAGACCUGCUAAGCUUUUUGAGUGCUAUAUUUUUCGGAAUUACAUGCUUCGAACCGAACAUCUCUCGAGAACCACAAAGGAGGAGAACUUCCUGGCAUUUCUUGGAUAUGAGGUUGUGUUGUUACCCGGUUUUCGACACUGUGGGUUUAUAUUCAAGGAUGGGUUGAUGGCAGCCAAGAUAUGGAUACAUCAUCUUUGACAUGGGAAAUGUUAUGGGAUUGGAUGAUGGCCUUUCCAUGGGUACCUGCCCUAUACACAGGCAUAUGGUCAACCGGAUUGUGCCAAUGGAUAGAGAUUGCUGCUAUGCGUGAAGUGUCGGCAACAGAAACAGCCAUCAUCUACCCAAUGGAGCCGGUAUGGGCGCUGGUUUUGCAUGGUUCCUCCUCUCGGCGAACGGUGGGGCACGACCGAAUGGUCGGACUACUCUCGUGCUUGGUAAGGGAUCUCGAUGCUACAAACUUAUGCUUAUAAGUAACAAGCAACGAGAACAUUAUAUGAUGUAGGGGAAGCUUAAUGGUGCAAAUGUUGGGCACAUCGGCCGCAAAAAGACCGAUAGACGCGAAAAAGGAAAUCCGAAAGGCAAUCCGCGGCGGGUUUCCGAAAUGGACAAAGGAAAACUGCAGAAGAAGCUGUCUACUUCACCAAUUGUUGUGAGAACCAGAAAGGAUGUGAGGGAUCUGUUUUAAGUCAUCCAUGUCACAAUUGCUGCCUUGUAUAACUGUUCAUAGAUUAUAUGUUGCACAUAUAACAUAUUCGGAUUAUAUGUUGAUGACGCUAUACAAACGAUUUAUAAUAAUUCACCAAACGC